AUGUAUGGCAGCUGUAGAUGUGGACUGGAGAUCACGCAUAUCGAGGCUAUGAAUAACCUUAUACAUUCACUUCCACCUCAGUGGAGAAACAUGGGAGUCAUUGUUAGGGAUGAGAUGCUAGAGGGUAACCAUCCAGAGCACCCAAAUACGAUUGAAUUUGGUAUAUAUUGUCAGACCUUUCUAGACAGAUGGAGUGAGAGUUUAGAACUCCAAUCGGAGAUCGUAAUUGAGCCCAAUAAUGAGGUUGAGCCUGAGCUCAAGCCCGAACCUCAGUUUGAAUCAGACCCCGAAGAAGAUCCCGGAUGGGAGCAUGAGGAUGACUUUGGGUUGGACUUAGAGAAUGAUCAUGAGCAAGAACCUGAGCCACAAGUUGAGAUGGACCUAGAGUCAGGGCCUGAGACAGAAGACUCCUCCGAAGAUGAGGCUCCACCGAAAAAGACUCGCAAAAUUCAUAGGGAUUAG